AUGCUCGACGACAAGGUCAUUGGCGUACUCGGUGGUGGGCAGCUCGGCCGCAUGCUCCUCCAGGCCGCGAGCCCCAUGGCCAUCCCCGUCGUCACCCUCGACCCGGACGUGACGGCGCCCGCCAAGCAGGUGUCGCAGCCCCAGGUCCUGCCCGCGUUCGCCUCGUCGAGCGCACCGCUGCGCCACAUCGACGGCGCUUUCACCGACGCCGUCAAGAUCCGCGAGCUCGCCCGCCAGGUCGACGUCGUCACGGUCGAGAUCGAGCACGUCAACGUCGACGCCCUCGACGAGGUCGCCAACGAGUUCGCCGCGACCGGCGGCCGCUCGGGCAAGGGCAUCCAGGUCUUUCCCGCGCCGAGCGUCAUCCGCACCAUCCAGGACAAGUACCUCCAGAAGGUGCACCUCGCCCAACGCGGCGUCCCCGUCGCCCCCUUCCUCCCCAUCUCUGCCGACCCGCACGCGCCCGUCUCGUCCGACGACCCGCUCGCGAGCCUCGUGCCCGCCGUCGUCGAGGCCGGUAACCAGUUCGGCUACCCGUACCUCCUCAAGUCGCGCCACCUCGCCUACGACGGCCGCGGCAACUACGUCCUGCGCUCGGGCGACCCAGCCGCCGUCCGCGCCGCGCUCGACGCCCUCAUCCCGGCGUCGUCGCUCACGGCCCCGGGCGCCCGCCCUCUCGCCGACCGCCUGUACGCCGAAAAGUUUGCCCCGUUCGUCAAGGAGGUGGCCGUCAUGGUCGUGCGAGGCGCGUCGGGCGAGACGCGCGCGUACCCGGCCGUCGAGACGAUCCACCGCGACAGCGUGUGCCACAUCGUGUACGCGCCGCUGCGCCCUCCUGUGAGUGCGACGAGCGGCGUCGGGCACGCACAGCGCGGCGAGAGGGCCGUCAAGGGCAAGAGCGGCGACGAGCGCGCGCAGGACGACGCCGUGAGGGCGAUUGACGCGCUCGGCGAGGGCGCCGUCGGCGUCUUUGGCGUCGAGAUGUUCCUCAUGGACGACGGCUCGCUCCUCCUCAACGAGAUCGCGCCGAGGCCGCACAACUCUGGCCACUAUUCGAUCGAGGCGUGCAACGUGUCGCAAUACACGGCGCACCUGUACGCCAUCCUCGGCUUCUCUCUCCCGCCCAUCGCCCUCACGCCGCCGGCCGCCGCCAUGCUCAACCUCCUCGGCCACUCGUCGGACGCGUCGGCCGACUUUUUGCGGCCCGACGGCGUCGUCGCCAAGGCCAUCUCGCUCGGCGCCGCCGUCCACAUGUACGGCAAGGCGGGCUGCCGCCCCGGUCGCAAGAUGGGCCACAUCACGGUCCUUGGCACGUCGGACGCCGACGCGCGGCGCCAGAUUGCCGAGCUCGCGGCGCUCCUCCCCGGGUCGUACGCCGAGCCCGAGCGCCUCGACGAAUGCAGCCCGAGGCGCGGGUUCGCGAGCGCACACCCGCUCGUGAGCAUCGUCAUGGGCUCCGACUCGGACCUGCCCGUCAUGAAGCAGGCCGCCGUCGUCCUCGACCAGUUUGACGUCCCGUUUGAGCUCUCGAUCGUGUCGGCGCACCGCACCGCCAUGCGCAUGGAGGAGUUUGCGCACGCCGCCGCCGGACGCGGCGUCAAGGUCGUCAUUGCCGGCGCGGGCGGCGCGGCGCACCUGCCCGGCAUGAUUGCGAGCGCGACGUCGCUCCCCGUCAUUGGCGUGCCCGUCAAGGCCUCGGUCCUCGACGGCGUUGACUCGCUGUACUCGAUCGUCCAGAUGCCGAGGGGCAUCCCGUGCGCGACCGUCGGCAUCAACAACUCGACCAACGCCGCCCUCCUCGCCGUGCGCAUCCUCGCCACGUACCAGCCAAAGCUGCAGCGCGCACUCGACGACUAUGCCCACACGCUCGAGGACGAGGUGCUCGCAAAGGUCGAGACGCUCGAGCAGGUCGGCUGGGACAAGUACGAGUACAAGAAGUAGACGAUGGCUCCAUCGUCGUCGUCGGCAUCGUGGCGUAGCGUAGAAGUCCUUUGUCUCCCCCUCUCUCUCUCUCGGGCUCGGGCCCGUCUCUGUAUCCCCGUUCGUUUCAGAAGCGUCGUCUGCCCUCGUC